AUCUUUGCUGAGAAACAUAACUGAUCAUCUUUAGUGAGAUCUCUUCAGUCUUCUGCCAACCAGAAGGCUCAGACUCGAAACCUUGCUUAAGGAAUCUGAGUCCAGUUCCACUCGGACCAACAUAAUGUUGAUGGAAGCAUCGACAAAAUAGUCAUUUUAUCAUUAGAACAUGUGGAGUUUAGCAUUCAUGUCCCGUUUCUUAUGUCCAUACAUAGUGAAGUGACCACAACCUUAGUGUCCCACACCAACAUUUUCAUGUUCAUUUGCCUUCACUCACUUCUCUUUCUUUUCAUCAACACCACCACAAUAUUCAUCUACCGACAAAUCAUUACUCUACUCUAUCGAACCACUAAGUGUUGAGUUCUAGUUUUUGCAUACUCAAUCAAAAUCUCUUUUAAUGGCAGACAAAUACUCUCUAAGUAUUAUAGGUGAAAUGGAUAGGCUUUGGUAUCAUCAAAUCAUUCUUUUCUCAAAACCAACAACACUACUACUUGCUACAAAAGUUGAAAAACAUGUUACCAUAUCAGAAUCUUCUUCUUCUACCUCAUCUUCUAUUCUUUCUUUGCCACCUCUAGUAGAUGAAGAAACUUCAACAGAUGAAUCAUCACUUUCUUCACAUAAACAAGUCUCAUCAGAGUCAAUAACCUCUUUACCUCUUCAGGAUUGUUCAAUUGAUAACAAAGAAGAAAUCAAGGAAAUAUUGGACAAAAUGAGUCUUUUGAGCUGUUCACAAUCAUCAUGUUCAUUGUUGCCACCAACCGGAAACCGUAGGAAAAAAUCGAAAAAACAAGGUAAACUGCAGAAAUCCAUGAGCUGCAGACCAUUUGGGGAACUAGAACUUGAUGAAGUGAAGGGUUUUAUGGAUCUUGGUUUUCAAUUCAAGAAAGAAUAUAUUAGUCCAAGAAUGAUUAGUGUUGUUCCUGGCUUGCAAAGACUUUGUUUGCUCCAAUCAGAGUCACAAUCACAACUAAUGGAUGAUGGCACAGAAAAUGAUGAUGAUAUUGUUGAAGUUUAUGAAGAAGAUGAAGAAGAAGAAAAGAGAGAUAUCAUGAGACCAUAUUUAUCAGAGGCAUGGCUAAUAAAGAGACCUGAUUCACCAUUACUAAAUUUGAAAGUUCCUAAGACUUGUUCAGCUGAUAAUAUGAAGAAACAUCUUCGGUUUUGGGCUAAAACCGUGGCCUCAGAAAUCAAACAAGAAUGAGCUCUAGCAUCAUUUUAAAUUGUGGACCGCAAUUGCAGCGGUAAUAUUAACGAUUUUGAGUUCUUCGCAACCUAUCACAACUGUAAUUUCAACCGCAAUUUUCCAUAAUAAAAAAAUUUGCAGCAUAACCGCAACUGCAAUUUGGUCGACCAAUAAUUGUAUGGUAAUAAAAAUAUAAAUAAAGAGAGAAGUGGUGCAAAUAUUUGUUUCCCUCUCUCCUUUAACUCU